AAGGAAGUAAUAUUUACAUAAUCCGAGCAGACUGAUUCGUGAAUGUGGGUUAUCUGUUAAGUGUUUGGUGGUCACUACGAGGGGAUUUAUGUUGGCAGUUUUUUUGUGACGCUGUAUAUUAUCGGUGUGGCUGAUGCACUGUUUAUGCUUGAGUCUGCUGGAUGAGUGUGAAUCAGUGUCAUGAACAUUGUUAGAAUAUCGGCAGCAGUAGCUGGAUCCUACCUAUUUCUGAAAAUCUCGACCAAAAUGGCAUCAGCUGAUAACUCAAGCAGUGAGAGAAUGGACACACCCCCAUCUGAGGGAACCAUGGCAACAGGAGCCAUACCUGAAGAUGGCCUCACAAGAUCAGUCUUCAAGAAUGGUUACUAUGAAAACCCAUGGCCAACUUGGAAAAGGAUAAACUGGGCUAAUGUCUUAAAAUUCUUUUUUUGGGAAAAAAAUAACAGCGAUGUACCCAAGAAAGAGGUCCUCAAUGAAGAACUACCAAUCUGUACACCAGACUUUGGUGGAUAUGAGAAAUCCCCUCUGACUGGAGUGCGUACGAUGUGGGUUGGCCAUGCCACGGUACUGGUGCAGUUCGAUAAUGUCACAAUCCUCACAGACCCCGUCUUCAGCAACAGAUGCUCCCCAAGUCAGUGGUUCGGACCCAAGCGGUAUCGUAAGCCGCCAUGCAAGGUAGAAGAUCUACCAAAGGUUGAUGCUGUGGUUAUAAGCCACAAUCAUUAUGAUCACCUAGACUACUACUCAGUUGUUGCCUUGAACAAGAAGUUUGGAGCGUCGCUACGCUGGUACGUCCCGAUGGGGUUGAAAGAGUGGAUGGUGUCGACGGGGUGUCAGAACGUGCAGGAGCUGGACUGGUGGCAGGAAGCUGAGCACGCAACAGCAGACGGAACUUCUGUCAAGUUUGUCUGUACCCCUUGUCAACACUGGAGCAAACGGACACCAACUGAUGACUUCAGGACACUAUGGAGCAGCUGGUCUGUGAUUGGUCCAAAGCAUCGAUUCUUUUUCGGAGGAGACACCGGGUACUGUGAAGUGUUUAAACAGAUCGGACACAAGUAUGGACCGUUUUCUCUCGCUGCUAUCCCUAUCGGUGCAUACGAACCCAGAUGGUUUAUGCACCCACAACAUGUGAACCCCAAAGAGUCUGUUCAAAUCCACGAGGAUGUCCAGUCCAGAAUGUCUGUUGGAAUACACUGGGGCACAUUCACCCUCACCAAUGAGGUAAGCUGUGUACACUGGGACACAUUCACCCUCACCAAUGAGGUAAGCUGUAUACACUGGGGCACAUUCACCCUCACCAAUGAGGUAAGCUGUAUACACUGGGGCACAUUCACCCUCACCAAUGAGGUAAGCUGUAUACACCGGGGCACAUUCACCCUCACCAAUGAGGUAAGCUGUAUACACUGGGGCACAAUCACCCUCACUAAUGAGGUAAGCUGUAUACACUGGGGCACAAUCACCCUCACCAAUGAGGUAAGCUGUAUACACUGGGGCACAUUCACCCUAACCAACGAGGUAAGCUGUAUACACUGGGGCACAUUCACCCUCACCAAUGAGGUAAGCUGUAUACACUGGGGAACAUUCACCCUCACCAACAAGAUAAGCUGUAUACACUGGGGCACAUUCACCCUCACCAAUGAGCCAAUUUUGGAACCUCGAGAAAAGCUCAAGGAGGAACUAAAACAGAAGAAUCUUGAUCUGGCGGAGUUCAUCACACUGCACCAUGGGGAGGUCACAGUGCUUGCAGAAGAUGCAUACCAAAAAGUGGACUGAUUCAGGAAGCAAACUGCAGACACAAUAAAGGAACUCUUUGACUUUGGUUUUACAGAUUUGUUUACAGAUUCUUUUUCUCAAGAUCUUGGGUUUGUAGUGGAAAUAACAACAAAAUUAAAAUUACUGUUCAGUUGUUUAAUAAUGAAGGGUUGUUUGGAUGAGAAAGAACAAAUUUCAAAUUCUCAUUUUCCUGUUGCCAUUUUAAUGUAAUGUGACUGGAAUGUCACAGAUUGUAUAGCAUCCACAUAGGAACUGAGUCACACUGUUUGGAGUGAAUCUGGAGGAAGCUGUUAGGAUUAUGUGAACCUACAGUUAGGGGUCAUAUAGAGGUCAUCUGUCCCUGUCCUUCCUGAAAACUAAAACAUAAGCUCGUUUUUAUCUGGACUUAUUUUUUCCCUCAUUUCUGAUUUUUAAGGAUCUGUAAACCAAUUACUGAAGAAUAAAAUCCCUGAUUACAGCUGGUCUAGGAAUUCCAGAUAGGAGUGAGUGAGUGAGUGAGUUGGGUUUAACGCCGCUUUUAACAGUAUUCCAGUUAUAUCACGGCGUGUCAGCUUAAUGUGGGAGGAAAGCCCGAAGUGAUGCAGGUCUCAGACGUUUACCACUUCGGUGAAACCCACGAGCACGGGUAUGGUGCUGACAAACCUAGAAACAUAAUCUGGGCGAACCGGGAAAUUCUCAGUCUCUGUUGUGUGCAAAUAGUCCGUAUAUUUACCUCCACAGCCCCACCUUGAUAGCUACACAUUCAUAUGCAUAAAGUUCAAAGUGGAUAUUUUUACUGUAAGCUGUAUCCUGCUGGCUAGCUGCUGAUUGUGUAUAUUGAGGAUGUCAGUGAAUAAAUAUACAAUUACUUCCCGUUGUGUUGACUUUAUUGAGGAUGUCAGUGAAUAAAUAUACAAUUACUU